GUUCAGAGCGAGUAAGUAGUCACAUACAAAACUAUAUAAAAGCGGAGGUAACGGAACAGGAAGAUCGUAGUGGAACUCGAUGCACUAGCUUACGAGGAUCCACGUUUAAAUUUUGCUUUGAAAGUUUAACACUCUCCAAAUCGACAUUUCGCUACACUUACACAAAAAUGGUCAAGCCAUCCAAGGCACCUCGUUCGAUGACAGCCAGCGGUGGCCGCAGUGGUGGCCGAAGCGGAAGUGUCAGCUCCAAGGAUUCCGACCAGGUCUAUUGCGUGCUGCUCCACGUGGUCGAGGCGAUAAACUUCAUUGGACGCGAUGCCACAGAUCGGCAGCAGAUAGUGAUGAACGCCGCUCUGAACAGUGUGGACUUUGAGGUGGAGGGCACCCAGUCGGAGGAGACCAUUAUCUUUAACAGCAACUGUAUCUGGGAGUGUGACCUGGCUGGGAUUAAGCGGCUCAAAACCGAUCACCGUCCCGUCAAAAUGACCUUCUAUGCCUGUCGUGGCGGCGGAGCGGAACGAAAGACCAUUGGUACGCUGCUCCUGCCCGUCCGAGGACUGCCAGUGCUCGGCACGGUGGGCAGCCACAAUAGCCCGCACUUGAAGAUGUUCUGGCACAAGCUAAUCUGCACCUCCAGUGAGUUCCGCUCCCACAAGCCGGAGGUGCUGCUCAUGCUGACCAUUAUCAAGAAGUCCAUCCUCCACACCAAGGACUUUGAACACUUUAUGCAGUUCACCGAAGUCAAAUCGCCACCCACACCCCCGAUGCAGUCGCCCGGACACUCGAUAACUGCUAGCAUGCUCCAGUCGCAGGCCAACGUCUAUGUACAGUCUUUGGUGCAACUGGGCCUGCUGCAGGUGGGCAAUGAUCCGCUAGUCGAUUGUGACAUUAUCGAGGUGGUGCUGCAGCUGAAGCAGCUAAGGAACGUGACCGGGCUGGUGAAGUCGCUUAACCAGGGCAAGCCACCAAGCUCCGUGAUCUUGGUGUUUGACUUUGUGGGCAAUGUAACCAACAUUGAGUUAAAGUUAAACGAAUCCGACACCUACACUCUCAACGAUGUCCUUGGACUGCGUUUCAAAACAUCCUUGCGCAGCAUGAGGCUCUAUUUUCAGCGCAUCUUCUAUCUGCCCAUUAACAUGUACAUGAAUGGAACGGCUAUAGCUCAUUACCGCAUGGACUUUACUAAUCUACUACCUGCGGAUGACUUCUUCUCCGACAACCGAAAGUACACUUCCAACGGCUCCUUCUCCUUUAACCGAUUUGGCCGGACGGACAGCGGCAGGGAACCCAAGCCGCCACUAAUGGAGUACACUUUUAGUGUGGAUCUUAAGACGAUAUUUUCACGACAGGAACAGGAGGAGCCCGAACGAACACCUUCGAUUGCCAGCGGCAACUUGGAUAGCGAGGAUGAGCAGUACUUGGGACAGACGUUUUGCGCAUCAGUAGUUCGUUCGAGAUUGAAUUUGAAUGAAAGUGAAGAGACAGAUGAAAUUGCAUCUAAUGUAAUGAAACAAUUGGCAAAUGAUUCCGAAACAGAAGUAAUCGAAAUGAAAUCUAAUACCAAAAACUCAAAACAUAAUACAUCGCCACAAAGAAAGUCCCAGGAAUCAAAAAAAUUAAUCAGGGAAUCUUCAAGAAAUACCAGAAACUCUUUGGAGAAUCUCCAGAACGUUGAUGAACUUACUUCUUUAGACUUGUUCGAGCUGGAGGAAAAAAGACAAGAAAAGAUAGCUGAGUUGGAAAGGAUAAAAGCAGGUCAAAGCGAGUCCUUACUGCAAACGGAGCUCAAAGUAAAAAAACACAAAAAGGCAGACCUUGAAUUGCAGGGGAAAAAAAGCCAACUAGAAACAAUUAAUGAGGUCCCACCAAAAUCUUUAAGAAAAUCUAAACCUGUUUCCCAAAGUGAACUAAAUAAUGUGCCAAAAAUCCAGGAAAAUCUUCCUAUAUUAAAUAAUCAAACGAAAGGAAGCCGCAUACAAAAGGAAAACUGCGAGGAGAAUAACGAGGAUUUAAGUUAUGCUCUUUCUGAAGAACACAGUUCCUCCAAUGAAAAGUUAGACAAAAAACCAGGAGCUUCUAAAACUAUGAGACCACCAGAGCACGUGGACACUGAUUUAGAGACAGACAUAAGUGUAUUUAGUAUCCAAAAGAAACGGAAAUCCAAAUCAAAACUAGUAAUAUCCAAUGAAUUGCAUAACUUUGAAGAUUCAUCCACAGAUACUCUGGAAAAAGGGAGACCUAACCCCUCUAAAGGCGAUCUAAAACUUCGGGCCCGUUGGGUGGAGGUUAAUAAAGUGCAGACUCAAGCCUUGAUUGAAACGGAAAAGUUUCUUCAGAAGACUUGCCCCGCUGAGCUCGACGAGGUCCUCUACGAGGAUCAGGUGGCGCUCGGUCAGGCAAAAACUUCCAAGCCAACAAAAAGGAAAGUUAAAAAACCCGAAGAGGAUAAGGUCAAAAGAAUCGAUUAUGAAACCUCUUAUGAGGAGGAAAUCACUUUCUGUCAUCCUGAAAAGGAUCCUAUGACAAUGAUAGGUGAAAAUCCGAUAAACCUAAACGAUUUGGCGAGCUCUGAAGAGUAUAUCUCUAUUUCGGAAGGCAAUUCAAAACCUGCUGAAAUUGUUUACACAGAAACAGAACAGCGGGUCACUUUUGUCAAUCCCAAACGAGAUCGUGAAAAGAAAAAAUUGAGCUCUUUGUCAAAGGACGAUCUUUUGGUUGAAGUCAGGUCCGAAGAAUAUAUCAAUCUAAGAUCCUCUGCUCGUUCUAAAACAGAUUGUGUUAGGAAAAAGAAAAAAAUUUCUAUACACGAGGAUCAGGUAUACCAGGCGGAGCUUACACCCUCCGAGGAACCUUCUUCGCAGUCUGAAUCUCGAGGGACUGAUAAUGCAAAUCCUAUCACUGAUCAGCCUCAAGUAGAUCGUGUAAAAAAAAAGAAGAGGGAUACGUCAGGAGACCAGCAGUUGUUCCACGUUGAGUACACCAGCUCCCAAAAAAGUAUCUCCAAGACGGAGGGUAAUGUAAAAUGCAAAGAGUUAAUAGAACCAGAUGUUGAACAAACAGAUGUUCAAGUCUUGAAAAAGAAGAAGCUUAAGAAGACUUUGGUAACGAAUGAUACUGUCGCUCAAGACUACGAAACUUUAGAAGAGGAAACAAUAAAGCCAGUCAAAAAGAAAAUAGUGAGGAAAAAAUCAUCGGUUAUUCUGGAGAAGAUAGAAGAUACCGAAAAUAAAGGACCAGCCGAUGAAGUUGUUUCUGUUGAGGCUAAAAAAAUUAUUAAAAAAAAGGCUAAGCCUGCGUGUGAUAAUCCAACAGUUGAGGAAUAUCCGAAAACGAAAAAAGGGGAAUCUCGAAAGUUAAAAAGCACCUCUAAAGAGCAUUUUACCAUGGAAAAGCCUUCAAGUACUAUUGACUCAAUAGGACAAAAAAUCAAGUCCUGGCGAAGGCAGCAAAUAGAUCUCUUUGAGCAGGAGCUGGCACGAAAAGAGAUGCACUACAUUAAACAGUUGGAGCAGAUGGAAAGCCAAGAGGCCAGAUUACAUCAACUGCACAAGGCGGACACGAAUUUGGAUGAGACCUUUAUAAGCAAAAUACCUAAUGUAUCGGAAGUUGACUACGAGGCGAAGUUUACAGAGCUCGAGGAGCACAUAGCUCUGCUGAAAUCUGAGAUGGAGGAACAGGUUAGGCUUUUCGAGAAUCGGAGUAGAGAGCUGCGGCAGGAGAACCUUCAGCUGUACAGCGAAAAAACGGAAUUAAAGGUGCGCAUCGCGGCCUUGGAACAGCAGAUUGGGGAUCUCAAGGCGCAGGGCUCCGACGAGGGAGACCUCAAGGAAGUACUCGGGGAACUAAGAUCGCAGCAUUACCGGUAUAAUAAUCUGGCCCGCGAAAAGGAACUCUUUAGGAAGCGUUGGCGCAGAUCGGCCAAACGGGUGCACGCCCUCAAACUGGCCAUGUACGAAAGGAGCUUGGAAAGGGAGCAUAGCAAUAUUAGAGUCGAACCCAUUGACCUUCGAAAGAUCCUAACCAAGGAUGCUGAGGAAUUCGAGCGGGAGUACGGACAGUUUCGCCAGAAUGGCAUGUCUCCAAGAUAUACCCUCAAUUCGCUGUCCGGAUCGGGUGACUUUGCGCCUCCAAACAGAAAGCGUAUGGUGGCGGCCCAUAAGAUUUAAAGAUACGAUCCAUUCGAUUUUACCAAAUUAACUGUGUGAACAUUGUUAUAAUUAUUUAACUUUAUUAAGUUUGUUCGUCUUCUGUUUUUUUUUUAAAUAUACACGCUAGGAAGUUUAGAUAU